AACGUAGGUUUCAACGAAGGUGGAGGCUUUGCCGCGAAAGGCAUACGUUUAUCUGCAGUGAAUUCCAAUGAAUCGAACGUAGUAGUACUAGUAGUAAAAUGGUUCUAUUCAAUACAUUUACUACACAUUUGUUAUUUGGACGCACAAAACAAAGCUCAUUGAUUUAAUGACAAUGCUGCGUGAUGCCUGUGUAACUGAUAUACCCAUAGACUGUACAUAAAUAUAAUUUUUCUUCAUAGUACCACGGUUAUAACAAUAUCUUUCGCAUUUUUACACUUUCCAGAAAGGUAUCGCACUUUUUAAACAUUUCUGAAGACAGGGCGGAAAAAGUAUAAAUAACCCAGUUACCAGCUACUGUUAGACCUGGACCCAUAUCAUGUAUAGAAUAAUAAUAAUGACAUAGAAACAAACAAAAAGUAUUUGGCAAGUGUUUGACUGUUAGUAAACUAAUACAUUGUAAAAGCAUGGUUCAUGGCCUUUUAUUGUUCGUGUGACCUCCAAAGGUCUCGGUGUUAAUGAGUGUCACGGUGGAUGCUAUCCUGAAAGGCCAUUUAGUUUGCUUGUUAUCGUCACAUUAUUAAAAAUGCAUCAUGCGCAUUGUAAUUUCCUAAACGGGCGACCUUUGGCUGUGAGGAUACACUGAUAAAAAUGUGUUUUAUUUUAGUCUGACUCAUAAUAAGUCUAUGUUAUCAGACUUCGAAAUGUCAUUGUACCUGUCUAACACCCUGCAUAAUUAGGCCGGCCAGCUUUGUUUCUAUGUUUCAUAUAUCUAGGGAUUGAUUGAUUUAUCCAUGUACCUUACACAACAAUGAAGACUCACUGUGGGAUCAUAACAAUGAUUUUGCACUUGAUUCAUUGAUGGCGCUUCUUACACAUAAUUUCUAUAUAGAUUGAGAGAGAGCUGUAAUAUGUUAGAUUUAUUCUUUUUCAUAGUGUCAUAAUAUCUAUGUAUUAAUGUAAUUAGAGUCCGAUGAAUUCAUACUGUGAGACUUUAAAGGUGACAAACGGCUUUAAAAUGCUGAAACUCAAUUAAAUCAUCAUGGCCUCUGACAUAUUCGUUAUUAGCGCCACCUUCGGUCCGCUUUUUGUCUCCCUAAAGGUCCCUGACUGUAUCUCUCUUUAAAAUCUGCCAUUCUCUCACAGAAGGUCUGCAUGCGUAGCGUGCAUGCCUCACUUUUAGGGCUACAAACCCCUUUAUAAACCACACCUGGGUCACAGCGAAUGUCAUAGCUCCAGCAAACACGGAGACAGAACGUGCCGCUGAAAGAAGAAUCUCCUGUCAUUAAGCGCUUCUUGCCUUGCUAUCUGUACCUGGGGUGCUAUGUGGAAGGCUGUGGUCCUGGCUGUGUGUCUUCUGGCGGCUGGGGUUCAGCCCAUGGAGGAUCCAUCAUAUGGGGUGAAGCUCUGUGGUCGUGAGUUCAUCCGGGCAGUCAUCUUCACUUGUGGAGGCUCACGAUGGAGACGAUCACUCAGGAGUGCAGCGGAUGUUUUAGAGGACCCAUUCAGCUCCCGACAGGAGGAGUUCUCUGACGGGUUGAGUCCAAGCUCAGUGGUAGAGAGUCUUCUCCAAAGGAACAGGGAUCAAAGCUUUGCUUCUACAGAAAUCCAGGACGGAGUGUUUUCCAGACCGGCUCGUUCUUUCAUCACUGAGGAGAUCCUGGAAGCACUCCGCAAGGCGGACCGCAAAGGCCGGGACGUGGUUGUGGGUCUGUCCAAUGCCUGCUGCAAGUGGGGCUGCAGCAAGAGUGAAAUCAGUUCCCUCUGUUGAGGAUCUUACCUCUUUGUCUGUAUCAACAAAUAGACACACAGUUAGGCACGCAUACACGCUUCGGUUGAUUCCACUUAUCAUGCAUAUUAACCAAUUUAAUAAUUUUUCAGUGUCCUUGAGUUAAUGUUUUUUAAAUGUUUUGUUAUUUAUAUCUAUGAUGUGUAUGGUAAGGGCUGCCAUGUGUUUAAAAAUAUAUAUUUCUUUUAACAAUGUGAAUUCUAAAAUUUGUAAUAAACAGCCUUUUUCUGUGUUAACCAAAUGGUUUUGUCCUUUCAAACCAUACAGUAAAUUCAUUCAAGUGUUUUGUCUUAUGUGUAUGAGAACUCAAGGGAAUAAAUUACUUAAUUUAAAUAAUUUGGUCAAAAAAAGUUUAC